AUGAAGCAGAGGUGCCCUGACUCGCUCUUCAUCGGGUUCGGGCAGCUCAAGGACUGGAAGUGGAUCAUCAACGAGACCGGGUACGCCAAUAUCGUGACAUCGCCGGGCGAUGUCGUGUACGGCAGUUUGUGCUUUCUAAGUAGGAGGGACGAGAUGGCUCUUGAUGAGAGCGAGGGCAUGCCUUGGCUGUAUGAGAAGAUGGGCUUGCCGGUCACGAGGCUUAUUGCUAGUGAGGGUGAGGAUGAGGGUGAAGGAGAGGGCUGGAGUACAGCGCGCGAAGUCAAAGUCAACGCUAUGUCAUACGUUGAUGUACAGAGGACAAGUCUGGGUCAGGAAGACGAUGGAGAACGUUGUCCAGUGCGGCAUGCCCAAGGAAUAUGCUGA